AGAAAACAGAUCCUGAGAACUUUUUAGUGGUCCAUCUAGCAAAGAACUGUGAAGAGGACGUGGAGUUUUUGCAAAAAACGAACGGUAUGGAGCCGUUGCAAAGUGUUAACAACAUAAGUGAUAUAAGCAUACAAGCCCUAGCUACGCAGUGGAUUAGUGCAAGCAAAAUGUGCCCUGGAUCAUUUAGUGUGCAAGGCGUUUUUGUUACAAGUGACAAAGGAGUUCUUGAUGAUAAAAUAUUUACUGCUGCAAACAAUAUUUUACGUGAUUUGUGCAACCUUCUCCUUCAAGGAAAUAACUUUUGUACUUUAAUUGAUAAAGACAAUAUACCAAUCAUUUUCCUGGCAUAUUCCAUUGCUAGCAAAAAGGCAAUGUGUAAGGCUUAUACACAUGAUGUUAUGGUAACACGCCCUUUCAGUUGACCAGACCCGGAGAUGCUAGUGGUUUUUUCGUAAAGCUGUAGAUGUGGAAAACUAUCGAUAGUAAUGACUAUCGAUAUUUUCCGAUCGUAUCGAUGAACACUAUCGAUAUAUCGAUACUAUCGGCCAUAUAUAAUUGAUAAGAAAAAUACAAUUUUUAUUAAAGAUUUAGCUUUGUUCAUCGAUACUAUCGGCCAUAUUUAAUUUAUAAGAAAAUACAAUUUUUAUUAAAAGACUUAGCAUUGUUAACCUAAA